AUGACCGAAGACUUCUUACUAGCUUCGGUAGGACCGAACCGCGAGCCUGGCAUUGGCACCGGGAGCCUCUGGCUCUGCGUGGUGGAUUCUGCAUCCUCAGGACUGUUGGUCCGACGCGCAAGUGAGAGGCGGAGCCCCGCGGUUCCGUCCACUUCAGCCGCAGCGUCUUCCCGCCGAGUGACCCGCCGCAGCGUCCGGAGGGGAGACGGACUCGCCACUCCUUUUGUCAGAAAAAUGUCUGCUCCAGCUCAGCUACCCACCAAAGAGGCAGAAGGGACUGCCCCAGGAGGAGGUCCCCCUGCCCCACCUUCUAACAUGACCAGUGACAGACGACUACAGCAAACCCAGGCACAAAUGGAGGAGGUAGUGGACAUCAUGCGUGUGAAUGUGGACAAGGUCUUGGACAAGGACAAGAAAAUUUCAGCACUGGAUGACCGAGCUGAUGAGUUACGGAAAAAAUCAGAACAGUUUGAGAGCAGAGCUGCAGAGCUAAACAGGAAGUAUUGGUGGAAAAAUUUCAAGAUGAUGAUCAUGCUGGGAGCUAUCUGUGCCAUCAUCGUGGUAGUUAUUGUAAGUAAGUAUCGCUGAGGUUGCUGAUGGGGUGAAGAGGUGGGAAGGUCCUGGAGUCUUCUCCCAGCCCUGCCUGCCUGCCUGCCUGCCUGGGGAGUGGGGCUGCUCUGACUGAGGUAUGGAGACUGCUGCUGUGGGAUCAUCUGGUUUGGGAGGAAGGGCAAAGAUGGGGAACUUCCUUGACAGAUAAGCCUUCCCCCUGCAAGGCAUUGUGGGGAGAUGGCCCCUCCUGUUCUGAGGAAGCAGGGCUGUGCAGUUUGUCACUGGUUUGGGUCAAAGGGAAACCUUGGGGUUGGGGCACCUGUAGCAGAGAUCUGAAUGUCUAGUAACUUGAUAUAAUUUGCCCUCUUGUUUUCUCCUGUCUCUUUUUCUUCUCUGUCUGGGACUUCCUGAUUCCUGUGUCCAGUCUACUUUUUUACUUGAGAAUGUACCACCCCUUCCCUAUUCUCCAUUGCCAUCUAAGCUCAUGUCCUUUUCCCUCUGUUUGCUCUGCCAACAUACUCCCCCAUUUGCCUUCCUCCAUCCCAGCCUAGCCUUCUCCAUCCAUUCCUCCUUUUCUGUUGCAUUCAUUUGCACUCUGUCCCUCAGCACUAGAAAUGCUGCUCGUGGUGCAGUCUUGAAGUCACUACCAGAAGAGCAACAGCUGGCACCUCCUCCCUACCUCCUAUAUAUGCUCAGGUUCUUGUAAGCUGAGAAGAUUUGUCAGCCAAGGGAGGGGAAAAGCAGUGGCUGAGGUGAAGUGCACUAGAAGCUGGCUAGGUUGAGGGGAGAGCCCAUGGUGUCUCCUAGAAAGGCCAGGCUGCUGCAAGAGGGGACUAUGAACAGUUGGAGAAGUGGUGGCUUAUUCUCAGCUGCCCUCACUUGCAACUUUUCUACUAUGCCAGGCCUGUAGAGGGUCCUGGAGGCCACUCAAGGGCCAAUUUUGUUCUUGUUUCCCUUUUAGAAAGUCAAAAGUGUUUUUUUAAGUUCUUAAUCUUUUAAUUUGAGAAUUUCUCUCUGUGGGGAUCUUCCAACCUUUUACUUUGUUCUCCAUAGGCCAGAAAA